AUGGACGCGUUAUUGGAGCCGUCGGAACAAGAGCGACGAUGCUACUAUAUCGGCCUACCGUCAUUCCCGAGGCUGGUUGCCCGAUCUGGAACGGAGCCCUGGACCCCCCGGGUGGACCAAUGGUCGUGCCCUAUUGAGAAGAGGCUUCGCGUAGUAGACGAGCAUGCAAUCAUCGAAAAGUGGAACGACGAUUCCCCGAACUCGCUCCGCUGUCAGGUUGUCUCCUUGAUCGAGCAACGAGGCCUUUAUUGGCACGCGAUCGACGUCUUACGGAUCGGAUAUCAAGACCUCCCCGACGCCCCUAUUGUCGUCUUUAUCUCCGUGGAGCCCGGUACCCUAUCUUGGCGCGAUGGUCAUAGCGUGGCAACGCAGUGUCGACUCUUGCUUGCACACUAUAAGCUAUAUGACGUGCAGUGCGAAAUCAAAGAAUCGCGCCUGAUCAAGCUCGCAGCACCUAUGGUCCUACAACUGCCGGACGACGCCGGAACCAGCUAUUACGCGCCGGACAUGAGUCUAAUUAGCGACUGCGUAGGCAAUGUUAUCUCGCCUAUCGACACGCCGACAUGGGGGGGCACCAGUUGCCUCUACCUCCGGGACAGACAUACGGAUGCCACAUACGCCCUGACCUGUCGACAUGUCUGCUUCGGCCAUAUAGAGCCCGGACACUCAGUGGAGAUUCUACCGAGCACUGCCCCUUCCCAGUCUUCCGCGUCAAUACAAAAGCACAUGCUCCAGCCUAGCACGACAACGUUUGAUAAGACCCUUUCCACGCUAUAG